AUGCCUUUUUCACUAUUCAAAAAGAAAGACAAAGCCACUCCGGGAUUUGCUUUGUCUCCUCCUCCGGUUCCCCUGAAGGGUGAUAGAAACAAACCUUUACCUACGAUUGCAACUCCGGCAUCGCUCGGAUCGGAUUCCGCACCACAGUCCAGAAAUAGCAUGACGAACUCCCCACCAAAGCUUUCGCCUCUCAGGCCUCCUCGCAUCGACACAGCAUCGCCUCCAGCUCUAUCACUGCCUCAGCGUCGUACUUUGAGUGAGAGAGUCAGAUCGAGCCCUGCUUCACUCGUCCGCCAACUGCGAGUGUAUUCCAACUCGUUUUCCUCCUAUGACAACCCCAACACGGACGCAUUAUCACCCCGCACGCUGUCCAUCACGUCAUCGAUAAACGGAACAUCACUUCUUGCUCAAAACCGGGUCAACAACGAGAAUCUUGCGCCUGAAUUAGCACCCAUCGUCAAUUUGAUCAAUGCCCACAAAUUACGUACGUACGCCAUCGGUACCGUACUCGUACCGACGGUGAGUGCGCAAGGAACAAGAGAAUGGAUAGAGGCUGAUGCCAAGUUGACCGGCAAUGAGUUGGCAAUUUGGUUUGCGUCUCAGACAACUGCAGAAGGCGACGAAUACGAUAACGAUGAGUUCAAGCCAAAGUAUAUAAACUUGGCCGAUUCAACCGUCAAAUUAAACCAUACAGGCUUCGACUCCAGUCCAUAUCAGUUGGCAAUCUCGCAUGAUUAUGAUAGCUCAACUGUGCUCCGAUUCCUCUCAGAAGCAGACUACAGUAGGUGGGUGGCUGCCAUCGAGAUUUCCAAUUUCGAAACCAUCUCCUUGAACGAGGCAUUCACUGCUGUGAUACUAUCGAUGAAAGCAAGCAAGUUUUCCGAUAUUCAUAUUCUUUUGUCGCAUAAAAAACGGUUUUCCAAGUUUGAAUGGUGCAAUCUUAGAUUACCCCAAAUUUCUUCAAAAUGGAUGAAAGUAUACUUGGCAAUCAUCCCUUCUGACUCCAAGAAAUAUGGCCGUAUCGAGAUUUACUCCAGCGAAAAGGUAUCGAAAAAGAAUCUCAUUUUGUACGUUCCUGUGGUAAACAGUGUUUUCAAUAUGUACCCGGAACAGGCAAAUAUGAUCGACUUCAACUCCAUCAUGAAGGUGAGCGGUGAGAUAUACGUCAACAAGAACUACGAAUACUUGUUCGUGCAUAACGAUGGUUCAUUGGCGACGGCACAGCCUCCUCCAAAGCCAUCUUUCACGCAUACCGUCUUUGCAAGAUCAGAUUCUUCCGGUUCAUUGUCGUCGAUGGCUCCACCUGCCAAUGGUAAUCAUCUGAGACAGGUAUCUUCCAGCUCCACUACGUCAUUUUUCAUGAACGCCCCUUCACCACAACCAUUAGACACGAACGGCACCCGUUCUCGGUCGUCAAGUACUAGCAGCAACACCACCAAGUUCAUUAAGAAAAACAUCAACGACUACGUUGUAACAGAUUACAUGUACUUGAUGCCUGUUCCUCACCCAGGAGUCAGUGCCGUUGAAACCAUGUUGCGGAACUUUUUGGAUAUGAUCGAUGCAUUCAAGCUCUAUGGACGUCCAGAACAUUUGAUCCCAGACAAAAAGGAUUCCAAAUCCUUGCUUUUUGGACUCCCAUCUUUACCUCACUACGAAUACUUAUCCAUGAACGAUGCUAUAGAUACAGUGAAAAAGAACCUUCACAAGGCAAAAGCCGAGGAUUGGGACCAGUUUCAAUGGAGACAAGUGUUCAAAGAGAAAAUUUCUCAAAACUACAGCAAGGGUAACUUUAAAGGAUCCGGCAACAUUAUCAAGCUCUACAACAGUUUGGAACUCGAUGCCAAUGAAAUAUCCAUCGAAUCGCCUCGUAUUAGCAUGCCUGACUAUGGCUCAGUGCCGGUCAGUCCUAUUCAACCACUUAACAGAGAUGGGGAUUUUGCGUUUGACAAUUUCAGCGAAAAUAUUGCUAGUCCUACCCCCAGCGAGCAAAACUUGGCGGCACAUUUUAGACCAAACCAAAAUGGAUCUUUAGGAGACCCUAUUGACUUGUCAUCGUUCAGUUCACCACAAGGCUUGGAACCAAUUGCUGACAUGCCUACUCCAAUUGACGAGUCGCACCCAUACCAGAACUUGGUGGCUACCAAUGGAAAGUAG